UGGGGUGUUUGACAGAAAAAGUAAGAAACAGGUGUGUCUGUUUUGAUGUGUUGGUGGUAGGAAAAUAGGAAGAAAUGAGAAAGACGAAGAAGAGCAGCAGUACUACUUCAGAUUCAGACUAUUGUCAACAACAACCUUUAACUACUACUGCUGCUGCUGCUGAAGAAGAAACAACUCCUCCUCCUCCUAAGCUUGACGAUGGUUUCUAUGAAAUUGAAAGGAUUCGCCGUAAGAGGAUCCGAAAGGGUGAGCUCCAGUACCUCAUUAAAUGGCGUGGGUGGCCCGAAACUGCUAACACUUGGGAGCCUCUUCAAAAUCUACAAUCUGUUCCGGAUCUCAUUCAUGCAUUUGAAGAAAGCCUCAAAUCUAGUGCUGCCACUGGAGGUGGAAAACAUCAUCAUCGCAGCAAGGGGAAACGCACCACCACUCUUCCACCUCCCCCUCAACCACCACAACCUCCCACCGUGUCUACCGACUCUGCCCUCCAUGCAGACAACAACCUAGCACCACAUUUCCAACAAACUGUCAUUUCAACGCCUGACAAUGCUCAAUCCAACGGGGAUCCGCUUCAAACUGACCGCACCAGAGGAGCCAAAAGGAGAAAACCUGCUUCCGUUAAGAGGUUCAAGAAAGAGGAAUGUGCAUCUCAAACUAUUGAUGCAAACAAUGCAGCUGCUAAUGAUGUCUCUGCUGCUGGUAAGCCUGAACCGGCCUGGACACAAAAUGCAUGCAAUAUUGUCAAGAUUCUAAAGCCAAUAGGCUAUUCCGCUUCUCUGUCUUCCUACAUGCAGGAUGUUUCAGUCACCUUUAUGGCUAUGAGGUCUGAUGGAACAGAAGUGAUGGUGGAUAACAAAUAUCUCAAGACAAGCAAUCCUCUUCUGCUUAUCAAUUUCUAUGAGCAGCAUCUCCGAUACAAUCCAAGUUCUUAACUGAAUAGAGUAUUAUUGAAGGUGGUGGUUUCUCGUGUGAUUAGAUCUUCCUUUUUUGUUGUUGUUAGUUAUAUAUAUAUAUAAUGAGUUGUAGAUGCAGGGGAUAGUAAAGGUUUAGGAAAUAUGUUGUUGGUUAGUGUAUGACUAUAUAACCAAAUCUUACUAGACUUGUUCUAAACUAGCUAUUCUACAUCAUGUUUUUAUCCCCUUUACGCGUGAGAACAGACUUGCCUCGAUGUAUCUUUGGUUGUGCAUUGAACAUCAUUGAAAUUUGGUGUGUUAAUAUUGUUUCA